CCUUUAACCAUACAUCCUCGUUCUUUUAUUAUUGCAGAGCGCUGUGUGAAGCGAUUGCACUUUAUAAUGGCUCUCCGUGUUACCCGCAACCGCCUGGCCUCCACCCGGUCUGAUGUGCCUGUGAAGGCCUCAGCACCCUCUCUCCAAACAAGAGCUGCUCUGGGUGAGAUUGGAAACAUCCCUGACAGCAAGGCAGUGGUCCAGAAGAAGAAAGUGGUGACGAGGGCAACAACCAAGGUUCAGAAGGCAGCUGAGCAACCAAAACCCAAAGAUGUCCCUGCUCCAGUCCAACCAGAGCCUGUGGUUAAAGCCCUCCUGGAGCCCACUUCCCCCACCCCCAUGGAGACCUCGGGGUGUGAGCCUGCAGACCUCAGCCAGGCCUUCUCUGACAUUAUACUGCACACGGCCAUCCGGGAUGUGGACGCCGACGACUUCAACAACCCCAUGCUCUGCAGCGAGUACGUCAAGGACAUCUACAAGUACCUCAGAGUCCUCGAGGCUGAGCAGAAUGUUAGGCCCAACUUCCUGCAGGGGCAGGAGGUGACCGGCAACAUGAGGGCCAUCCUCAUCGACUGGCUGGUCCAAGUGAGCAUCAAAUUCCGCCUGCUGCAGGAGACGAUGUACAUGACAGUGGCCAUCAUUGACCGCUUCCUCCAGGACAAUCCCGUUCCCAAGAAGCAGCUGCAGCUUGUUGGGGUCACUGCCAUGUUUCUGGCCUCUAAAUUCGAGGAGAUGUACCCUCCUGAGAUUUCAGACUUUGCCUUUGUGACAGACCACGCCUACACUCCCGCUCAGAUCCGCAGCAUGGAGAGGAACAUCCUCAGUGUGCUCAAGUUUAAGCUCGGCCGCCCUGUACCUCUGCAGUUCCUCCGGAGGGCGUCCAAAAUCCAUGAGGUGACAGCGGAGCAGCACACUCUGGCAAAGUACCUGCUGGAGCUCACCAUGGUGGACUACGAAAUGGUGCACUUCCCUCCCUCCAUGGUGGCCAGUGCAGCACUCGCUCUGACCAUCAAGAUCCUGGAUGCCGGAGAAUGGGAUGCCACACUAGUCCACUACAUGGAGUACACUGCAGAGAGCCUAGUUCCAGUCAUGGCACACAUCGCAAAGAAUGUAGAGAAGGUGAACAAUGGGCUGACAAAGCACAUGGCAGUCAAGGGAAAGUACUCCACUGCCAAACAGAUGAGGAUCGCCACUAUUUCCCAGCUCAAAGGUUCUGUAGUCAAGGAGUUUGCUGCUAAAGCCUCUCAGUGAGGCCCCUCCUGGCCACUAUGCUACUGACACUCAACAGACUUUUUGUGAAGGGGGAGGCAGUGCUUCAAUUUUUAUGGCCCACAUGAGGAUUAAAGAUGGGACUAACAUGGCCCUCACAUGAGCCAUUCUACACUGCCUGCCCUGGUCCUUGUAUUUUAUUGUGUAAAAUGUACAGCAAUACUUUUAUGCGCAUGUCUUUUUAAUUAAAUUUUUAUGAACUACA